UAGAACCAACGCCCAAAAUAAAUAGAAAUGAUAAACUAGCCAAACUCUCAUCCUCUCCGGUGUGGGAGAGUUAUUAUUAUAUCCACAAAACUUAGCUUUUUCUCCUGCGUUUUUCAAUGCGGUAAGGAAGAAGACGAUAUCUGGAAGCGAGCUACAAUGUCAUGCCAGGAGCUUUGUUCGUCACUUUCUCUCUUCAGACCUCUCUCUCCCUUCACCUCUAUAGUAUCACCUCGCUAUUCGUCUCCGCUGACUUAUAUUCCCACCUCAACCACUUAUUUACUUUCGACCCGCUCUCUACUUGCUUCCUCUGUCCACCCUCGCCGCCGCCGCCGCUUCCUGAACUUCUCCCGCCGGCAUUGUGUUUCUCCCGCAGCUCGGGUCUACGGAGAACGAGAAAUAGAGGUGGAUGAAUUGCUUGCAGGGGAAGGGAAUGACGUUGAAUACGUCGAGGAAGAUAGCCUCGAUGUUUGUGCUCUGGAGCGGGAAGCUAGUCAGGCUGUUCGAGAGUUCUCGGAGUCCUUAUCUUUGCAAUUGACAAUCGAGGAUGAUAAAACUAGUGAGAAAGAAACACUGAAGCAGAAAGGAACUAAAAAUACCACAAGUAGUGUCCCUGAUUAUCUCCUUCCAAAGGUUGUAAUUGUUGGCAGACCCAAUGUUGGAAAAUCGGCUUUGUUUAACCGACUUGUUGGGGGGAGAAGGGCCAUUGUGGUAGAUGAACCUGGGGUAACCCGGGACCGUUUAUAUGGGAGAUCUUUUUGGGGAGAAGAUGAAUUUAUGGUGGUGGAUACAGGGGGUUUUCUUACUAUGUCAAAGUCUCAGGAUGAAGUGAUUGAUGAAUUGGCUAUAUCAACAACCAUUGGAAUGGAAGGGAUUCCACUCUUAACCCGGGAGGCUGCUGUUGCCAAAAUGCCUUCAAUGAUCGAAAGACAAGCUGCUUUUGCUGUUGAAGAAUCAUCUGUCAUCAUAUUUCUUGUUGAUGGACAGGCAGGUCCAACUGCUGCAGAUGUGGAAAUAGGGGACUGGCUGCGCAAGAACUACUCACACAAGUGUGUCAUUCUUGCAGUUAACAAAUGUGAAUCUCCACGUAAAGGAGUCAUGCAGGCAUCCGAAUUCUGGUCUUUGGGGUUAUCCUCCCCAGUUCCAAUAUCAGCUAUAUCUGGAACUGGAACUGGAGAGCUUCUAAAUCUUGUUUGCUCAGGAUUAGUGAAAGUUAAGGACAUGGAAACUCUUGAAGAUGAAGAAAACUACACUAUUUCAGUUGCAAUAGUUGGUCGUCCAAAUGUGGGAAAAAGCAGUAUUUUGAAUGCUUUAGUUGGGGAAGACAGAACCAUUGUUAGUCCCAUCAGUGGAACUACACGUGAUGCUAUUGAUACAGAAUUUACUGGAUCUGAUGGACAGAAAUUUUGUCUCAUUGAUACUGCAGGAAUAAGAAAAAAGACAAGUGUGGCUUCAUCUGGUAGCAAAACAGAAGCUUUAGCUGUAAAUCAAGCAUUUCGUGCAAUUCGUCGUUCAGAUGUCGUGGCGCUUGUAAUCGAGGCUAUGGCUUGCAUAACUGAGCAGGAUUACAAGAUUGCAGAGAGAAUUGAAAACGAAGGCAAAGGUUGCUUGAUUGUUGUGAAUAAGUGGGACACAAUUCCCAACAAAAACCAGUCCACUGCAACUAUGUAUGAGCAAGAUGUUAGGGAGAAACUCCGUCUUCUUGGUUGGGCACCAAUUGUAUAUUCAACAGCAAUAGCAGGGCAUAGCGUUGAAAAAAUCAUUUCAACUGCUGAAGUAGUUGAAAAGGAGAGAUCAAGAAGGUUAACCACAUCAAUACUGAAUCAAGUAGUACGAGAGGCAGUGGCCUUCAAAUCACCUCCAAGAACUAGAGGUGGGAAGAGGGGUCGCGUAUAUUAUUGCACUCAGGCUGCUAUUAGACCACCGACAUUUGUUUUCUUUGUCAAUGAUGCAAAACUUUUCCCAGAGACAUACCGACGGUACAUGGAGAAACAGCUGAGAUCUAAUGCAGGGUUUUCAGGCACACCUAUUCGGCUUCUAUGGCGGAGCAGAAAGAAAAUGGAAAAGGAAAAUGACAAGGUUUCUUCCACCAAGACUAGAGAGACCUCCACGUCGCUGGAAAUCUCAGUGUGAUCCUGUGAACUGACAACUUAGGUGUCAAUGCUGCCAUUUCUUAAAAAAAAAUCUGUUGAUGGAGUUAGAAACCUAUUGGUGGCUGUAAGGAAUAUCUUACACUAAUUUUUGUUGUCACCUCCGUUAAACUGGUCAAUCCACCCACUCUAGACAUGAUGGUGAGAUGCACAGAACACUUCCAUUUUUAUGGAACUUGAGUUUUCAUACAUAGGAGUUUUGAGAUCCUUGCUAGAAUGCUAGGUUUGGCAGUUGACAAUGGUGAAACCAUGAUGUCUCUCAUCUGUGUAUGUAAAAAGCUUAUAGGUAUAGUAUUUGCAUAAA